AUGGAGCCUGUAGUCCCACAGCAGCGACCAUCAGGUUCCCAGCAGAGACUCAAUGAGUUGGCGAGGCCAACUUCAUCACAAAUUCGUGAUGAGGUCAUCCAGCGUCUCAGAGAGGCCAGCAGCACCGGGGCGUCAGAGGAUGCAAGCACAGGAGUCAGGUCUCCUGCAACAGUUGGAAGGCCGCGGCUGGCCAAGCGGCCGUCCCCAAAGAAGGACGAGGGAGCAGAUGCCGAGGAGGCAUGUGCAUCAGACUCAACGCCAAGCAAGAAGCGGCGCGCAAGGCAAGCACAGCAGGCCGGGCGCCCCCGCGCAAAAGCAGCCCUGGAUUUUGCCUCAGACUGGGAGAAGGGGUCGGAUUCUGGGUCGGAGCGGGCACAGCAAGCGACGUCUGCCGGUGGCAUGGAGGCAGAAAGGGGUGCCGGUGCAGAUGUUGCAGCAGAGCAGCCCCUGCAGCAGACAGCAAGCAAGGGCUGGAGGGGCAGGAAGGACGGGCAGGGGAAGCAGGCAGCGGCACAGAAGCUGCAGCCUCGCAGCACGCGCGCAUCCGCGCAGCCGACGGAGGUGCGGCAGCUUCGGCCGCGACCAGCGCCGGCCGUCUCGGCGCCCGUAACGCCCGCGAAGCCGGCCGAGGCUCCGGUGCGGCCGCGCGGCCAGAGCCGGCAGCCGCAAAAAGAGACCGCCGCCACCGAAUCUGGCGCUGCCGCCAAGACAGCCAAGCGCGUGCCCCUGCAGGAGUGCAAAGUAGACAAAAAGUACACCUAUCGCGUCGGAGACUGUGCUUACGUCAUCACGGAUGAUGCCUUCGAGGAUGACGGCGCACUGGCCCUGGAGGUAUGCGAGGUGUGCAACAAGACAGAGAAGCGGAGCGGCAAGAAGGUGAUAGACCUUCUGGAGUGCGACCGCUGCCUGCGCGGCUACCACCUCGACUGCCUGGAACCCCAUCUCACAGCCGUCCCUGAGGGCGAUUGGCGCUGCCCGGGGUGUGUGGCGGGGGGCGCAGUGGUGGCCACCGCGGAGGCGGGGGACCCCAAGCGAGGGGCCCGGCGGGGGGCGCAGCAGCAGCGGCAGCAGACGGACCGGCAGAAGUUCCUGGCAGGCAAGCUGGAGCUGGGCAGGAUAGAAGCGCUGUGGAAGCAGGGCAAGGAGGUCUUCAUGCGCUGCCGUUGGUACUGCCGCCCGGAGGACACCGUGGAGGGUCGCCAGGAGCACCACACGGCGCGCGAGGUGUUCCUGCAGGAGGUGAGGGACGUGAACGAUGUGGAAACGCUGCUGCGGCCGGCCACUGUGUGCGCGCCGUCAGAGCUGCAUGAUCACCCGGGCGAUGAUGUGUUCGUGUGCGAUCACAUGUACCAUGCCGGCUGCGGGGUGUUCAAGGCGCUGGAUGACGAGGAGGACGGUGACAUCGCUGACAUCAGCGAUGAUGAUAGCGACGCUGACGAGGACGACACCUUCCGGCCCGUGCACGCCUGCGGCCGCGGCCGUGGCGGCAACGGCGGCCGGCGCAGAUGCCUGCAGGGCGGGGAGGAGUGGGCGUCCGGCAGGAGGAAGCAGACACUGGGGCUGGGGGCGGCGGGCAUCCCGGCAACGGCGCGCGCGCGAGACCGCACGUCUCUGGAGACGGCGCGCGCUGCGCUAGCGCUGACAUCAGCGCCGGGCGUCAUGCCCUGCCGCGAGGUCGAGCGCGCCGACAUUGCGCGCUUCGUGGAGGAGGCCGUCGCAGCAGGCGAGGACUGCCUGGGCCAGUGUCUGUACGUGGCGGGCGUGCCGGGCACCGGCAAGACGGCGACGGUGCACGAAGUCAUCCGGCAGCUGCGGUCGCAAAUGGAUGACGGCGACCUGCCCGCCUUCCGCUUCGUGGAGAUCAACGCCCUGCGCCUGCCCUCUCCGCAGCACGCCUACGUUCAGCUGUACCGGGCGCUGACCGGCAAACAUGCGUCGCCGGCGACGGCUGCCGAGCAGCUGGAGGCCAUGUUCUCCGGGGGCGUGCGCGGCGCAGCAGCGCCCAAGCGCGUCACCGUCGUGCUCGUGGACGAGAUGGACCUGCUCAUCACCAAGAAGCAGCAGGCGCGCACCCUUGUGCUCUACAACCUGUGUGAGUGGCCGACGCGGCCCGGGGCGCGGCUGGCGGUGAUCGGAAUCGCAAACACGCUCGAUCUGCCGGAGCGGCUCAUGCCGCGUGUGGCGUCGCGCCUGGGCGGCCGCCGUGUCGUGUUCCAGCCGUACAAGCGCGACCAGCUCAAGCGCAUCGUCGAGCAGCGCCUGACAGACGCCGGCGUUUCCUCCGUCUUCCACGAAAACGCCAUCAAGUACGCCGCCGGCAAGGUGGCGGCGGUGUCAGGAGACGCGCGCCGAGCGCUGGAGCUGUGCCGCAAGGCCGCCGACAUCGCCGAGGAGGAGCAGCAGCAGCCGUCCGCAGGCGUUCCCUCCUUAGCCGCCGCGGCCGGCCCUGCCGACGGCGCCCCCGGCCCCUCCACUCCUCCCAAGUCGCCCGGCGCAACGGCGGCGGCGGCAGCGGUAGACGAGCAUAGGAGGAGCGGCACGGUGGUGAUGGGCCACGUGGACGCGGCGAUAAGGGAGAUGUUCCGCGCGGUGCACAUGCAGCUGCUGGGCAACUGCUGCCGCCUGGAGAAGAUCGCGCUCGCAGCCCUCGUCAUGGAGACACGCGCCACAGGGCGAUCGGAUGCGGUGCUGCGGGGUGUGAUGGCGCGGGUGGAGCAGCUCUGCGCGGCCCGGCAGGAGCCGCCCCCGUACUGCGGCGAUGUCAUCUCGGCCGCCGUCCGCCUCGGCGCCAAGCGCCUCGUGCUGGCCGGCCCCGGGGCGCACCGCCUGUCCAUGAGGCUGGCGCUGAAUGUGAGCACCGAUGAUGUGGUGACGGCGCUCAAGACAGACACAACCAUUGCAUGGAUGUCUCAGCUGAACCUGUGA